AUGCUCCUUAUCUUCAAGUACGUAUUCUUCUCAGGACUGCUCCUGCGUGCCGUCGAUUCCGCCCCUUUUCCUGAGUACGUCGUCUAUCCAAGGCUUCUUGAGGCAAGAGGACUGAACGGUGUAACGUUGCUCUACAUUCAAGAGGACAUAAUUCUUCGGCUGGAGAAAAGUUCAAUACUUGCAGACAAUUUAAUAUUUCGCGAGACCAUUAAUGGAAAAACAAUGGACACACUUAUGGACGGAAAGAAGCUUGAAGCAAACAUGUAUCAUGACAGAAAUCGAAUGGCAUCAGUAGUCGUAGAGGACAAAAACGGCACAGUUGAAGUGAAAGGAAUUUUGAACAAUGAACUAAGAAUUGCACCUCUUAGUAUCAAAGCUCGAUCAGAGAAUUGGCCUAUUCCGCAUAAAAUAUUCGAGGUUACGUCCCGUUCCGAUGAGGAGAACAAUAAUAAUGAUGACCUAGGAGUAAAAACCACCGGAAGCGUUUUUCUUGUGGAACUAAAAAUUUUGGUUGACACAGAGUACAUAAAGGCUUUCGAGACCAAGGAUGAGUUAGCAGUCUACUUAGGAAUGUGUAUGGUAUUGGUUAACUUUCGAUAUGAGGACACGUCAGAACCAACGGUCCAGUUUCUCCUCACCACUGUUGAAGUAGCGCUGGACGACAUUCUUCAUACGUUUUAUGGACCUGAUGUUGACUGCACUUCGUGUCCUAGCAAAAUGUACCUAAACCCUGAACAAACACUUGAAAUGAUGGCAUCAAUGUAUGGAAGCAAUGAAGAGGAUGUUGUCGUCCUUGUAACAUCGAUGGAUAUGGCGGACAAAGAUUUCGGUGUUAUUUCAAAUAUUGUAAUGGGCCUGGCGAAAAUUAAUGGUCUCUGCAGCGUGGGAGAACGCGUUGCAAUUGUGGAAGAUCAACCACACACAUACUCUUUCACUCGACUUAUCGCACAUGAACUGGCACAUACGCUUGGAGCUACUCACGACGGGGAUGAGACGGAGCUGGGUCCAGAUGGAAAUCCGGUCAACAACUGCAGCCGAAACGAUGGAUACCUCAUGGCGCCUUAUACUCUCGGAAGUAACAGAGGCCACUUCUCGAACUGCUCUAUUCGACAGAUUCGGGAAUUUGUCAACAAGUUAGGUGAAGACUGCAAGAAAGUAAAUUCAAAGAACAAACCUUACGAUGCAAACACAGCAGAGCUCCCAGGGAUAAAUAUGAACUCAAUUGAUUACUGCAAGCUCAAACAUCCGAAUUUUUGUAACAUAACCGCAAAAGAGGAUAAAAUGAACCAAUGCACAAUCGAUUGCUGCCCUGGUGGUAGGGUUAAGUGUUAUUAUGACGAAAAGAAAAGGAAAAGCUCAUGCAGCGAGGAAAGGGACAUAAAUAUGGACACAGUCUGCCCCUUCAAAUGCUGUUCUCCGAAAGAUUUCAAGUGCUUUACAGAAAUCGCUUUAGAUGGAAUGUCUUGCGGAGAUGGAAUGAUGUGCUUCAGAGGCAAGUGUAUUCCGCGUUGUGAUCCUUUCAAGAAAACGUUAUCGUCAAGAUCGCCUACAGUCGAAAAUGAAUCAAUAAAGGCUCCGUGA